CGAAAUUUUUCAGGCUUAAUUUAUCGACAUUGUUUUUUUUUAGUGAAGCCAUUAAAAAACUAAGAUAUGGCGGAUGAUAGAGUUUGUAGAGUCUGUUGCGGUGAAAGCUCUGAAGAAGAGCCUUUAUUUUAUCCAUGUAAAUGUUCAGGAACAAUUAAAUAUGUUCAUGAUAACUGGUAAUCUUACAUAUAACCUAUAAUAUGAGGAUCAUUAAUGGAUCUAAGUCUUAUUAAAUGGUUACAACAUAGCAGACGGCGAGAUUGUGAGCUUUGCAGGACACCUUUUCGGUUUACGAAAUUGUAUGAUCCGAAUAUGCCCAAGUCUAUUCCUGUUGCAGUUUUUUUAGUGCGUUUGUUAAGGCGUUUGAGGGGUUUAACUUUAAGAUGGCUUCGAACAGGACUUGCUUUAUUUCUAUGGCUUGGUUGGCUUCCAUGGAUGACACAAUGUGUUUGGACGUUUUCUCUUAGGUUAGGGGAUAGUUUGGUAGGAAGAUCAUUAUUAGAUGAGGCAUCUCAGCCCUCUCAAACGACAUGGUUACAAUAUACUUUUAAAAGGAAGGAUUUUUCGCUUAAAAAUCUAUUUAAAUAUAAAACUAUCAAUAAAAUUAUGAUGGAUGUGUUUGAAGGGCAACUUAUUACUGGUAUUAUUGUGAUUAUUUUUAUUAUCAUUUUGCUUUGUAGGGAGUGGGUUUUAGUUAUUAGUUUAAAUGAUGAUCAUUCUUUCGAGUCAUCAGAUUUUGAUUCUAAUUCUCAUAAUGAUCCAUUAAGAACUCAAAGAAUAAUAAAUCGAAGAACAUCGCAUGAGUCGUUUAAUGGACAUGCAGAAGAAGAUCAUCAUCUUUCAGAGAAUAAUCAGGAGGAUGAAGAUAAUAUGGAUAUGGAUUAUUCUGAGGGGGAUCCUGCAGAAUUAGCUCUUUCUAUAAACACAUUACUCGAUUCUAAUGAAAGAUGGGAAAUUGAUGAAAAUCCUUCUUUUAAUGAAAAUGCUGGGAGUUCCUCUAGGGGUUAUGGGGAUAUGAUACAGCAAUCUAGGUUAGGAUUCUUAGAUUUUGAAAUGAAGAAAGAUAAUAUGAAUCAAUAUGAGGAAGCAUUGGCGGAGGCGGGUCCUUCUAUUAAUGAGUUGCAAUAUGAUGAUAAUGAACGAAAUGGGGCGUCUUUUGAAAAGAAAGCGAUGUUUCCGGAAGUAGAAGAUAUUGAUGUAAAUCAUGAAUCAGAACCCUAUGAAACGAAUGGGUCAAUGGAACAAAAUCAUAUGGAUCAUUCUUCUUCUCAAAGCGAUGUUCAUGAGGGUAUCAGAGCUACGAUUGUUCAGUCCUUGACGACACGAGUGAGGAGUCUUUGGAGUUCUACUGAGGGGAAUACGGAGAAUAGAGAACAUAUUACCAAUGAUGAAACGAGAGAAGAAAAUUUUGAGAAUGAAAAUGAUGAUAUGCCUGAUGAGUUGGGCGAAAUUGAUGGAAUCAUUGAAUUAUCUGGGAUUCGAGGGCCUAUAAGUGGUCUUUUUCAAAAUUGUACCGUAACAUCUAUUUUGAUUGCUAUAUUUCUUGGAUUGUUAAUACUUAUACCAUAUGUUUUGGGAAAAUCAUUAGUUCUUAUUACCGUUCGAAUACCGCACUAUUUGAUAUUGUUUUCAGAAAGUACGAUUCAAAAAGUUUUUUUAACCAUUGUUGAUGCGAUUGUUUUUUUUAUUUUUCAAGUAAUUAAUGGUUUUAUCAUUAUUGGAAGGAUAUUAUUUAAUAUAAUAAUUUUUGAUAUAUUUAGUAAAGAAUCAUACAUAAAAAUUUUUAGAUCUCAUACUUUUAUAAAAUCUAUAGCUAAUAAUGCGUUGACUAGAAUUAUGGAAAGAGUUUCAUCUAUUUAUUUGUCAGGUUCAUCUUCUAAUUUGGAAAAGGAGGUUAUAUUUCAUAUUUAUGGUAUGAAAAUUUCUAUACCUCCUAGAGUUAUUACUCUUGGAACAAGAAAUACUGUUUUUGAUAGAACAAUAUCCAUUAUUAUUGGAUAUUGUAUUUUAAUAUCUAUUGGCGCAUUAUAUUUGAAGAAAUAUUCUAAUAUUAAAAAAAAUUCACGGCAAAGAAUGAUUCAACGUGUAAUGAAUGAUACACUUCAUCAAGCAAGCUUGAUUAUUAAGUUCGUUGUAAUUGUAGGAAUAGAAGUCAUUGUAUUUCCUAUUUACUGCGGAAUCCUUAUAGAUAUAUUAUUAUUGGAUUUAUUUGAAAAUGCUAAUAUCAAUACACGACUAGCAUUUACGAAUUCAAAUCCUUUUACCAGUUAUUUUUUACAUUGGUUUAUUGGUACUGCAUAUAUGUUUCAAUUUGCCUUGUUUGUUAAAAUGUGCCGUGAUAUUGUUCGUCCUGGUGUUUUAUUUUUUAUUCAUGACCCUAAUGAUGCACAAUUUCAUCCGAUUAAAGAGAUUCUUGAACGCCCUAUUAAGGUUCUGUUACGAAAAAUAUUUACAAGUGGGAUCAUUUAUUCUUGUUUGAUAUGUUCAUGCUUUUCGAGUGUAAUAUAUUCUGUGAGAUAUUUUCUGCCAGAUCUUUUUCCUCUUCGUUUAUCACUCAAUAAAUUCUUUUUUGAUAUUCCUUUUGAUAUAUUGGCUUUGCAUAUAUUAAUUCCAUUAACUUUAAAAUUAAUAAAGCCUGCUGCUAUAACAAAGGGUUUGUGGUUAUGGUGGUUGAAAACUAUAAGUGCCAAACUUCGUCUUACUUCUUUUAUGUUUAAUGGUCGACAUCCUCAAGAAGAAGGAGUAUAUGUACGGAAGACUCUUAUGGCAAAGUUAUUAAUAAAAAAAACUGAUAUUCAUAAUGAUUCUGGACAACAGUUAAAGGAUUUGGAUGUUGUUUUCGUUCGUAAUGGGUCGUUUUUACGAGUGCCUUUUAAAGACAAUAUCUCUCUUCAUAGAGAAUCAAUGUUUAUACCUGUUACAGAAGAUAAUGUUAGAUUGGAUAAAAAACAAGAUAAUGAGUCGAAAAACAGUCCCAAUUUUACAGUAGUGUAUAUUCCUCCGUCUUUUAUUAAGAGAAUAAUUGUGUUUUUAUUCUUGGUAUGGAUUUUUGCAUUCUUUAUGGGUAUUAUGUUGAUUGUUCCUCCAUUGAUUGUUGGACGGCGGAUUUUUGCAUUUUUAUUUUCUACUUACGAAUUUCAUGAUUUUUAUACAUAUAUUUUUGGAUGUUAUUUUCUUGGAGCUUUUAUUGCAUUAUCAAUAUUUUUAUAUACUCAUGGAAAUUUACUUAAGAAUACUUUAAGAAUCUUUAUAGAGAAAUUAAGGUCGCCUAAAAUAGUGGUAUCAUGCCUAAAUACGUUUUUGUUAAGGCUUCUGAAAAUUGGAUACAUGAUUUUUGCCUUUGAAAUAUUUCUUCCAUUUUUAUUUGGCUUGGUUAUGGAUUAUUAUAUUAUUAUUCCAUUUAAUACAUAUUUUUUAUCAGAGAAUGAUCCCGUAAUAUAUAUUUUUCACGAUUGGGCAUUAGGAAUUUUAUAUACGUUAAUUAUUGCUAAUUUGAUUAUGUUAAAUAGAGAAUCUUCUCUUGCACGAUCAAUGAUGCAGAUUGUUCAUAAUGGGUAUUUGGACCCUGAUAUCGUACUUUCUACUAAGUUGUUUGUUUUUCCUAUUGGAUUAAUAAUGUUAAUGGCAUUAUUGCUUCCAUUGUGUCUAGGUUAUUUUAUAUCGAUGUUAUUAUAUCGUUCUAAUGAUUAUGACACAAUUUCUCGUGUAUAUCGCUAUUCAUAUCCUCUAACGUUAGCUGGAAUCUUAGUUAUAUUAAUUUUAAAAAUAUUUCAUAUUUUAUUAGCUAAAUGUAAGCAAAGCAUUCGUGAUGAAGUGUAUCUUAUAGGAGAACAACUACAUAAUUAUAGUCAACAUUAACCUUAUAUAAAAUUUCAUUAUUAAAAU